UACUGUGGAUGCUGUCAGUGUAUAACAUAGCAGCAGGCUCGCACUGUAUGGUAAUGUAGCAGGAAGCAGUGCAGCUCAGAGCACACAGUGAGGGUGGAUCUCUACAGGAGCAAAGAUCUGUCAGCUUGCACAACCCACAUACAGCAGGGCUGGGAGAGAGCGAUGGAAGGAGCCGUGUGAUAUUAUAGCACAAUAAUCCUAAUUCUUUCUCUCCCUCUUACAUUUCCUUGCGCUCUCUCCUCCUAAUCUCCUCAGGAUUUGCAGCAGCCGUCGCCGGUGGCACACAGAGGGGACAGAGCUGUUUCUUUCCAGCCUCUCUCUCUGCUUGCAAAACAAAAGGCACUUCAGAGCCAGCAGGACAGGAUAUCAGCCCUGAUUGUGUGUGUGUGUGAGAGCGAGCGGGGAGCUUCUGCCAGACCGGAGGACCCUGGCUGGCUUAGAGCUGCAACUACCUGUCCCGUCAUCCGUACAUCCUCCGACUGACUGCACGGAUAGGCUGGCAAUGGGCGACAAAGGCACCAGAGUAUUUAAGAAAGCAAGUCCAAACGGGAAGCUCACGGUAUAUUUGGGGAAAAGAGACUUCGUCGAUCAUGUAGAUGUUGUGGACCCGGUCGAUGGAGUAGUGUUGGUAGACCCAGAAUACCUGAAGGAGAGGAAAGUGUUUGUGACGCUGACCUGCGCGUUUCGCUAUGGCAGAGAAGAUCUCGAUGUCCUCGGGUUGACGUUUCGGAAAGACCUCUUCGUAGCCAACAUUCAAGCUUUCCCGCCUGUCCCGGAAGAGAAGAAACCACUGACACGGCUGCAGGAACGUUUGAUCAAAAAGUUGGGCGAGCACGCUUACCCGUUCACCUUCGAGAUUCCACCAAAUCUCCCUUGUUCCGUCACACUUCAGCCCGGCCCGGAGGAUACAGGGAAGGCUUGCGGCGUGGACUAUGAAGUGAAGGCGUUCUGCGCGGAGACUCUGGAAGAGAAAACCCACAAAAGGAACUCGGUGCGUUUAGUAAUCAGAAAAGUUCAGUAUGCGCCAGAGAGGCCGGGACCGCAGCCGAUGGCAGAGACCACCAGGCAGUUCCUUAUGUCCGAUAAGCCGCUACACCUGGAGGCAUCCUUGGACAAAGAGAUAUAUUAUCACGGCGAGCCCAUAAAUGUCAAUGUACACGUCACCAACAACACAAACAAGACGGUGAAGAAGAUUAAAAUCUCAGUGCGCCAGUACGCCGACAUCUGUCUCUUCAACACCGCCCAGUACAAGUGCCCCGUGGCCGUGGAAGAAGCAGACAAUGACGUUGUAGCACCCAGCUCCACUUUCUGUAAGGUCUACACUCUGACUCCUUUCCUGGCCAACAACCGGGAGAAGCGCGGCCUAGCGCUAGACGGAAAACUGAAGCAUGAAGACACCAACCUAGCAUCCAGUACCCUGCUGAGAGACGGCGCCAACAAGGAGAUCCUGGGAAUCAUCGUCUCGUAUAAAGUGAAAGUAAAGCUGGUGGUGUCUCGGGGAGGCCUCCUGGGAGACCUUGCGUCCAGUGAUGUUGCUGUAGAACUGCCUUUUACUCUUAUGCAUCCGAAGCCCAAGGAGGAGCUGCUGCACAGGGAAGUUCCAGAGAAGGAAGCACCUAUAGAUACAAAUCUCAUAGAGUUUGAUACAAACGACGACGAUAUUGUUUUUGAAGACUUUGCUCGUCAGAGACUGAAAGGGAUGAAAGACGACAAAGAGGAGGAAGACGACGGAACAAACUCGCCUCCAGCCAACGACAGAUAAGCUGGGGUCGGCUUUACCUGAUCACGGUCUGACCCUUGUGGAUGGGGCGCCCUCAUUUCUACUCUAAAGAGCCUAAAAAAUAACACAGAUUCUGGCAGCCCUUGUAAUCUUUUACUGCUGUGCCAUACUUGUCACUCUGCAUCCUGCUAACUUCCUUCAGUUCCAGCUACACUAAUUUGACACAAAACCUGAGAAUUAAAGAGUACAAUCAUGACCUGUGCACCUAAUUACUGUACGUAAGGAGUACUUGUAGCACUUUUGUACUAACCAAGUCUUUUAUGAAUUUUGUAUAAUUACAGUAGUAUCAUACAAGUAUUUGUUACCGGAAAAACAAAAACGUACACUGCUAAAUCUACAUAGCUUUGGUGGAAUCCAAAAUCAAAAUCCAAUGUAUUUUGUACAAGGAAAAGCAAUCUUCACUGCUACUGUAUUGCAAUAUGUGGGUACAACUGGCGAGACCCAAUGGCACUUUAUAGCGUCCCCGUGUUCCUUACACGGAAACGUGAAAAUAAGGAAAGGGAUCCUUAUCUGAUAGUAAGAGGCACAUCCUCUGUCUAUUGCAGUAAUAAUUGAAAUAUUUGUCCCGCGCCAAAGAAUAUUCGCCUGUAGUCAUAAGUAUGCCACUAAAACGCUGAAUUUCCCUGGCGCAUAAUAUCUUUGCGAUCAAAUACAAGUGCUCUUUUUUUAACAGAGGGUGGGAUGUGUAACCGCGCUUGCACAAACAAUAAAUAUUUUUUUUCACUGUAUGCGGACAAUACAUUUUAAAACAUUUGUUUUUCCUUCACCGGGCCAAUUAGUAAAUUAUUUUUAGAAUUUAGAAUUUUUGGCGAACGAUAUACCGCACCAACAAAUCACGGCUACGAUAUUUUGUGUGAAUAGUAUUUACAUUUUUUGGUGUUUUGGAAGUGAGAACAUAAUGUGAUUCAAGCAAAGAUUUAUGCCGUAAUGGAAAGACCACUAAACACACUGUAGUUUAGCCAGAGAAUUUAGUAGUGAAGUAAAAGGGUUAUUUAUUUUAUUAUUAUCAUUAUUAUUUUUAUUAUAUAUGUGAACAUAGAAAUAGGAAAUUCAGGGUCACAAUUUUUAUUCAACGUGUGUAAAAAAAAAAAAAAAGUAAAUUUGUAUGAAAAUACAUGCGGCUGAUCCAUACUGUAGUCGUCUCAGUGCUGCUUUUGCGAAAUGUCUUAAUGUUCACGUUGUGGCUUGUGUUAUAGUUUAAUAUUUACAUGCAAAAAUGUAAUUACCAUUUUAGGAAUUAGCUUUUUUUUUAGUCUUUUUUUUAGGAAUUAGCUUUUUUUUUUUUUUUGGAAUCAGCAUUUUUCUUUUAAAGGAAUUUGUUAAUUUUCUUUUUUUUGUGGAGGGGGGGGGGGGGAGGAAUUACCUAUCUAUUUUUUUGUAGAGAAAUUUAAUUUAGUAUAAGUGCAGUUCUCCCAGUUCACACAUCUAUUUACAUACAGUAGAAGCUGCCUUGAUUUUUAAUCUUUUCAUCGCUGACCGCAUCCACUGUCACUCACUGUCACCGCCUUUUUGCUUGACACACAGUGCUUAUUGACUGCUUGGUAAUUUUAAUCCAAUGAUCCUAUGUAAAUAUUUAUCUUUGUAUAACGAGUAUUCAUUGACAUUUUUCAUGAGAUGGAUAAGAUGUAUAUUUAGUAAAAGUGAUCAUAACAUGUGAAUAUGUUUUAGUUCCAUCCCUGUUUUGUUUCAUUUUGUGUAUUGUUUUAUUCACACAGUGUUUUAUGAUACUACUGUACCCGUACUCCCGUUUUAAAAAGUAAAAAAAAGUUAAUUAAUGCAAGCACCUAAUUGACCCCUUAAGGUUUUUUUUUCUGUAUGUAAUUUGCUAAAUAAUUUAUUACUUGCUUUUUUUUUUUUUUUUUAAGUUGAAACAUGGAAAGUGUUGGAACCUAGAUUUAAAUAAGCAAGAGGUUAUAAAAUUGAAAUUAAUCUCAAUGAAAAUUAUCUACACUUUAUAAAAAAAAAAUUAAUGAAAUUAUAGAUAUAUCACAUAUCUGUUUUAUUUAUUCAGUAACACUGAUACAGUAAUAGUAGUAAAAAGAAGGAUUAAAUCCUUUGGAUUAAUUUCUGCAGAAAACUGUAAUAUUUGUGAAUUGGUUCCUUAACGAUUAUUUAGCGACAAUGUCCAGAUUAUGCAAAUGUGCCGUGACAGGAACCAAUCAGAUAUCCGCUUUAAUCUGUGCAGUGUAAACAAUACUAAGUAAGUAUCUCAUUGGUGAUGGAAUAUUCGUGUCAUGUAACUGACAGGGCUGUCUUAGCAGCAUUGUAGGCCCUGUGCAAAGCAAUGCACUGGGGCCCCUAACCACCUAAUCACGGGAAUAAAUCAUUAAAAAGAUCAUUGUUUAUCCGUCCUGCAGUCUGGCACAUGCUUCCUUACAUUGAAUGGCUGUUAGCACUCUGAUUAGUGGUUAGCUCCAGCCAUCCACCAAUCCGCAUGCUUACAGCCAUUCACUGUCUGGCUGCAGGCUAGGAGGCAGGUAGAGAAAUGCUGCACUCUGAUUGGCCUAGGCCACCCACACUCAACGGCCACUAGAAUCCUGAGGCCCUGGGAAGCUGCCCAAUGAGCCCAUACGUUAAGAUGGCCCUGGUUACUGAGCACAACUGUAUUUGAACCACAAAAAAUAAUAAUUAUGUUUUGGACAAGAAACGUAAUUUUUUUAAGUUGUUUUGUUGGAUUUUAGUCAUACAUACUUCUUACAUUUUGCUAAUAUUGUUGGAAAUUUGAAAAUGUCUGCAGUGUUUUCUGUUAAAAUCAUUCACAAUUAAUAUCAAUUACUGAGAAUAUCAUCCUGCACAUUAAAUACAUAUACUACUACUAAUAUACCUUUACACUGUAACUUUAAUAUAAUGCAUUCACAUAUUCAUUGUUGUUGAUGAAAAAAACUCGGAGGAACUGUUCCUAGAAGAGAGGAAUCUAUAUGACAAUAUUCAAAUUUGUUUUUCCUUCAGAUAAAUUUCAGAAAAACGAGACAGUUUAAGACCUCUUCUUCUUUGGGAUAGAGUCUCAUGUGAUUUUACAAAAUAUUACGUUAUUGCUGUAACCAGUAGUAAUGUGUUUGGAACAUUCUUGAGCAAAGGACAAAAGUCCUUCCCACGUUUCAUCCUUCGGGACCAGACUAGAUGACCCAAUAGAUCUUUAGUUGUGUCUGUUCUUGUAGCAGCCCAUAUUUGUCACGGUUGAACCAACAUUGUAGCAUAGCUAGACCUCAGUGAAGUCAGCUAAGAUAUCAGCAAAUCAUAUGUCAUUUGGAAUGUUAGAAAAUGAAGGCCAUCCUUAUCCUCAAGAGAUAAGUGUGAGGUCACCAGAAGACCAGGUAUUAUGAUAGUCUUCCAAUCUGUGAAGCAACCAGAUCAUCACGUUCAGGCCUCCUCAGACUGUAACAAAACUGGCCACAGGUCAAGAUGGACGCUGGGAUCACUGCAUAUGUAACCACUGACGGAGUUGGUGAGUUCUACAAUAGUUUCGGGGGCAAAAAUUGUGUGACACUGCUUAGAGCAUGCUCAGAAUGCAGAAAUAUUAAUUCUUGUGUCACCAGCGUCUUACAACCGAAUGGGGAGUGGAUGGCUCGGCGAAGGAUGGGGCAGUUCUACGUGACCAAUGGGGCGAGCUCAUGAAAUGCAAUUGUUUUAGAACUGGAAAGGCAAGGAACUAGACAGGAACAGACGGAUCAUUUUUGAGUCUGUGACACGUUCCUUCUGUAAAACACACAAUUGCAGAACUUGCAGAGAAGAAACAUAUGGAUGAAAAUGAUUUGGGGUGAGAUUUUAUCUUUUUUCAAGUGCAACUUACCCGCAUUUUGCUCCUCAAUCUGCAUCAGACUGCCUUAAAUUGGUGGUCAGAUGUUUUAGGAGUGAGGGUAUAAAGUACUUAAAGAACCCCUUCAUGUAACAUUUGGAACUUAUGAGUUCUUAGGGUUAUAUUUUUGAAAGAAAAUUUGAGGGAUACUAUCCCCCCCCCCCCUGAAGCCCACCACCCCAGCCAUUUUCAGGGAAUAUCUGCAAAUACUGUGGAUCCCUAGAAUGUAACGUGGAGGGACGGCAACAACAUCUGUCAAUAUCUUCUGCCCCCUCCAUUUCUGACUGCAAAGCAGCCCCCAAGAGUUAAGCUUUCACUCUUUGCUGGGACGGGCUCUUAUCAGAUCCCAUUUCCCGGCAGGAAGAUAUUGCUAAAUUCUAGAGAUGAGUGGGUUCGGUUUUACUCGGAUUUACUCGGUUCUCAAAAUCUUAUUGACUCACGAAUGUCACGUGUUUUGGAAAGCCAAUCAGAAAAAUCUGCAUAAAACCAAAUCGGCGUUGAUUCUGGUGUUACAUCCGAACCCGCUCAUCUCUACUAAAUUCCCAUGCAAAUGAACAUUUUCAUGUUGCAAAUUUGGGUGAAAAUGAUUUAUAACAUCCGCAUUAGAAAUGUGGAUUGUGAUAAAUCUGGCCUUCACCGCUUUGCGGUUGUCUUCAGCUGCCUUCACUGGUGGAUCCAUCUGCAAAUGUGCAGACACCCCUAGGGCUGCAUGGAAAUCCAUAUUAAUCUUUCACCCAUACAUUGCAUCACUGCGUAAGAACAUCACGUGCGGAGAAUUCCUGUAACAGCCAAGAAAAUGUCUCUGCUCAGAGUUCUGCGGAUAUAAUAGGUAAAAAAAUAACAUUUAGUAAAUUAGGGAUGAAUCUCUGUAACUGCACACAACACAAUAUUGCUUAGUAUUAUAUACAACAUAUGUGGUUCUAGCCUCACUGAGUAUUACUCGGCACAUUACUAACAGCACAACAGGAAAACCAGAGUGGCAAUUCUGGAUAAGACGUCGCUGUGGCGUCCGGGUGACGUCAGUACAUCCCUAACACGAUGCCUUCUCCCGGGUAGAGUGUAUUCUGUAUUAAACUGUAUCAUUUUCAAAUGUGAACACGUUAUGGUCGGAGUGUCUCUUUUUAGGAUGACGGCAUUCUCUCCGGAUUCCCACUGUGAAUAUGAAAAUGCUGCAUUGUUGUUUUUUUUUUUUUGUAAAACAUAAAAUAUAAAUACAUUUUAGAAUGAUGUUUUCGUACAUAAAGAUAGAGCUUAUAACGAGGAUGAGAAUAUUCUCCAUUUGCCGUCACUGUUGUCCAGGGAAGGUCUAUGGAAUAGUUUGCGGGAAUGUCUGACCUGACGCCGGUCUCUGUCUUACAGGAAAAUAAUACAAUUCAGUUUAAAUUAAAAAGCAACUCUGUGAAUUGAUUGGUUAAUGAGACUCUCUCUUCUGCAUGAGAGCUAUUAUCCGUCCUGUAGCCAAUGUCAGGUCUACAGUAACUAGGUCGACAUGUCUUUAAGGUCGACAGGGAUUCUAGGUCGAUUUGUUCUAGGUCGACAGGUCAAAAGGUUGAUAUGAAUUUUUCAAUUUUUUUUUUACUUUUUCAUACGUACCGAUCCACGUGGACUACGAUUGGGAAUAGUAACCAGUGCCGAGCGCAGCGGAAUCGGAGUGAGGCACCUUGCCUUCGCAUGGCGAGCGAAAAUGAGCCAUGCAAGGGGACACGGUGCACUAAUUGGGGUUCCCGGUCACUGUACGGAGAAAACAACACAAAAAACCAUGAAAAACUCAUGUCGAUCUUUUGACCCGUCGACCUAGAGACCCUGUUGACCCUGAAAACCUGUCGACCUAGUUACUGUCGACCAAUAGUGGUCAACCCAAACAUUGUCAACCUAGACUCAGUCGACCCUAUGAUGCACACCCCAAUAUCAGAGGUAGGAAUAUACUUUGGUAUAAUCCCAAUGUUUGCAAUUUACAUACAUUUGUGACUGAUAAUUUAGGAGUCUCUGAGACCACCUACCUUAUUCUACUGACCGGCCAUAACUGUUUGCCUUCAAUCCACCGUCAUUAACACCUUGUUGUAUUGGGAAUACCAUGAUAGCCGACAUUCACCAACAUAUAUAUAGAAAUGAACAGCAAAACAUGUUUCUAUCCUGAACAGUAUUAUUCUGUGCAAUACUCUUUGUAAAGUACUUUGUACGGUUAAUUAAUACAGCUUCUCAAUUCUCUAUGUUGUAACUAUGUUGUUUCAAUAUGUCAGGUAAUUCAAAUGAUUAUAGUUUAUUAAACUCAGAGUCAAAGUA